UAGGGUAUACACUUGCUCUGAGACUCCUAUAUACCAUGUCUAACGACUCCUUGACAAGGGCGCAUAUAGUUGGAGAUGUUCUAGACCCAUUCGCCAGCUCAGUGCCACUAACUGUGAUGUAUGAUGGGAGGCCUGUGUUUAACGGGAUGGAGUUUCGCUCACCGGCGGUCACUCUGAAACCAAGAGUUGAGAUCGGAGGUGACGAUUUUCGAGUGGCCUAUACCCUAGUUAUGAUAGAUCCUGAUGCGCCUAAUCCCAGCAACCCAACGUUGAGGGAGUACCUGCAUUGGAUGGUGACUGAUGUCCCAGCAUCAACAGAUGAUAGCUUUGGACGAGAGAUCGUGCCAUACGAGAGCCCAAGCCCCACCAUGGGCAUCCACCGCAUCGUGCUGGUGCUGUAUCAGCAGCUUGGGCGUGGAACAGUGUUUGCGCCGCAAGUGCGCCAGAACUUCAACUCGCGCAGCUUCGCACGCCGCUUCAACCUCGGCAAGCCCGUCGCCGCCAUGUACUUCAACUGCCAGCGCCCGACGGGCACCGGUGGGAGAAGGUUCACCUGAUCUGUCUCACUGACCGAUCAGCCAAGUCAAAGCUUGAGCCUAUAGUACUCG